AUUGGUUCUCGUGGAACAUACUCUCUGUGUAUUCAGCUGAGAAAAAAGAGCCUAUGGUGAAUGAAAGGGAGAACCGGUCUCCGUCUACUUUUUCAAGAUGGCAUAUGUGCCCGUUCCGGUGUGCACGUUGGCGAUCGCUUGAGCUGCGGCUGUUUCGCGCAAAAGAAAUGUUUCUGGACUUCAGAGCGGCAUGAAGCAUUCGAAAAAGGCCUCGUCUCGACUGCAGCAACGCCUUUGCUGUUUUCUGUACGGGGAACUCGGUAAACUGAAGCGGAACUCUUUGUACGUCUAUCAGGGUUCUCACCCAGCUGGACUUUCACGCCGUGUGAAGGACGUCCAUGGUUAACGAGAGUUAUCCCGAGUCCACACUGCGGUGAAAAACUUUUUUCUCAAACAAACGAUAACUUCUGUCUUUUCUGCAGUCAUUGCCUCAACUGUGAUUUGGUCGUCCCGACUCAUUAGGUCCCCAUCUACAUCCCACCAGCCCCAGCUUGCUAGAGAGUGGCGGUUUGAUUUACAGCGUCGAAGUCUGCCCGAAGCUGAGCAACACACUGUUAGUUCGUGGCCUCCGGCUUGAUCUUGCGAUUUUCAACGCUUCACACGUGUCCACCCUGCCUAAGCAUGGUGCUGACGAUGAUGAAGCAGUGGGUAGAGAAACUGGACUUUUGGACUAUCGCGGGCAUAGUCCUCGGAUCUCUAGCGACUUACAAAAUGGUGAAAGCGUCGCUCAGGUGUCACUCGUUCUGGGGAAACCCUGCAAAUGAUGGAACCAGACAGGCGGCAAGCAGUGCUGACAGUGCUUACAAGGCUCCUCCGAAACCAAAUCCUUGCCCGCGAGACUUCACUUUGGACGAGUUACGCGCCUUCAAUGGAAACCAGAAACCGCCAGUCGCGAAGGCCACUGAAGAGCGUGUGGCGGAGGAAUCUUCCGGUGUACGUACACCAGAAGCGAUGGACGCAGCGUCUGCGUCCGCAGUUGCAGCGGCUGCGGUUGGGGCUUCGCCUCCCAUUUAUAUCGCACUCAAAGGGCGCGUGUACGACGUGACUUCUCACCGAGACGGUCGACGGUUUUAUGGAGCAGAUGGACCCUACGGGAUUUUUGCUGGCAGCGACGUGACGAUGAAUCUUGCAAAAAUGGUUUUUUCUGAAGGCGAGAAAAACACGGUACCAUCAAAGUGGCAAACUCUCUCCCCUGAUGAAAAUGAGACCAUUGACGACUGGGAGGAGCGGUUCAAAGCCAAAUACGACCAUGUUGGAUUUGUUGUGUUUGGAGUCCCGGCAGAGGAUGCGCUGCUCAGGGAAAUGUACAGCGAAGAGAGGAAGGAAGCAGGGCUUGCAGUAUAAAGACGCAAAAAGUACCUGUCUUUCGGCUCUGUGCCGGUCUUUACGGGGUCCAAGUUGCCAUGUAGACUUACUCUGUGAAUGACAGAAACACCUUUGGUGAGAUGCCGCUCCAUAAAUGAGCACGGUGAUCUCCCCGCGCGAAGACAGCGGCAAACCCGCUUGAUCAGGCUGUCUGUCGUUUUUUUAUUCUAACUCACGGAACUGUGCCUGCCGUGGUCAGUCGAAAAGGCUGAGAUGCUUCUGGAGUCGUUUUUCCUCGACUUGCAGUACUCUUUUGCACCGUCUGUCGUGAAACCGAUACCUGCAGGUUCCGCGAAAUUGCGCAGCUGGUUGAGUUUUUGUACCUCGUAACCCACAUUCAUAUUCCACCCACGGCAUGUGAAUUUUUUCUGGAAAUUCUUUUUUUGCAUGCAUGAGUUCGAAUCUCAUCAUUGGAUUGUUUUGCUGUACUACAUGGUCGUUUUCUGAGUAACUAAAUCUAAAGCAUUGUUUCUGAUUCGAGGUUAGGGCGGCCCAAAUGGUUGUAAAUAAUUCAUUCUUUGCAAAUAGAUUCUGGUGGGUGCUGCUCUGAUGGUCUUUAUGAGCAA